AUGAACUGGUCUACCAAGCACUCCCAUUCAUCGAGCACGCAGGCUCAGUUGAUAGGAUGGUGCUUGUUGUCUUCUCUUGCCCUCUCAGGGGGAUUCUUGCCGACUACCAUCAGCAACACGAAACAGGCGGAAGCGGAGGUUUCUAAAACCUCAACUAUCAAGGCAGCAGAAUUCAGGCGGGUGAUCAAGUACCCGUUCGAGAUCGUCAACGAGGCCUGGGAGAAUGGGCCGGAAGACCCAAACUUCAUCAGGGAGGAAAUCGUCCGAGAUGAGUUCUUUGUAUUCGACGAGGAGCAAACCAUCAACCACAAGCAGCGCAGCUCCUCCUCAUGGACUGUGAACCGAGUGCUCGAGAGCAUCUGCAAGGCUCAUCGCACCUUCUCCCUCCGAGCUGAUCCCUCCAACCCCAACUGGACCCUCAUGGAGCAGUCAAUCACCGUCACUGUGACCGACGCGUUCGGAGGAGCCAUCAAGUCCCAGCUGGAGAAGUUUGCGGAGGGCGCGUUUCUUUCCAGCUGCGAGAGAGGAACGGACAUCCUUGAGAAGUCGCUGGCCGCUAAGAUGCCCUCUUUCGAUGCCAAGCCCCUCAACAAGCUCCCUGCUCGCCCCCAGCAGCAGCGGCAGCAGCCCAUGGCCUCUCAAACCCCCGAGGACGUUCGCAUGCUUGUCGGGGAGUUCGUGCGGUUUCUUGUCAAACCAGCAGUCAUCAUCCUCGGCCUCGCAUCCAAGGUGAUCGCUCCCUCCCCCGACCAUCUCGCUCCUCCUCCUGUCAAGGCAGAGCCGAUGGGCUGGAAGGUUCCGCCCUUGCCGCAGGACUUCCACCUCCACCUCCAUGGGAAGGACACUCGUCCUCAUGGGAAGAAGGAGAAAUUCGGAUUCCACUCGUUUGCUGGCGCUGCUGCAGCGUUUGUGACGAGUGUAGACGUGUACUAG